AUGAGGUACGUAUAUCUAGAGAAAGAGAAGCAGCAAACACCAGCAGCAGCAGCAGCAGCAGCAGCAGCAGCAGCAGCAGCAGCUUUGUCUCCUUCUCUCUCUUCUUCUCUUUCUGUCUCUUCUUUUUCUCCUUCUGCUGAUUGUCCUUAUCCUUAUGCACUAAGAAGGUCUUUCUUUGUUGAUAGCAGCAAAAAGCAACAGCAGCAGCAGCAGCAGCAGCAGCAGCAGCAGCAGCAGCAGGAUGGUGGCGGUGGUGGUGGUGGUGAUGGGGGUUUAUCUGCUGCUGCUGCUGUUGCUGCUGCUGAUGGUGAUGGUGGUGAUGGUGAUGGUGGUGCUGCUGCUCCUUCUGCUGCUGCUGCUGCUGUUGCUGCUGCUGUUGCUGCUGGUGAUGAGAUAGCAGGAUGGUGGCGGUGGUGGUGGUAG